GAGACGCAUCAAAUCCUGAGCCGUCGACACCUCAUGGCGUUCUGCUGCGUAGGAAGUCCGCUGGAUGAAAUGAAGCGGCUGGAGAAGUUGCGUGAGCGAGAUCCGGAGUCUGCAGAAAACUUAGUUGCCAACGGGAAGUUGCUCGUCGACUUUGUGCGCAAUGGGAAUCUGCGAGCAUUGCAGUGCGCAGCGGAGCAUCUCGGGGAGGGUCAAAUGCUGAUCUUUUAUGCCGUGCGGAUGUUUCGAGAGGCCUGUGCGGGUAGAAGAAUGGAUAUCCUGCAGUUCAUGCUGCUGAACGGCUUCGAUCUCCAACAGAGCUACAUGAGAGACAUCCUACACAGCGUCAUCGAGAACGUCGACAGUCCACAAAGUGCGGAGGCUGUGCAGCCACUUAUUCGCUUCCUUCUGGAUGCUGGUGUCGAUGUCAAUUGGCAAAGGAAGGCGGAUCUCUACACUGCUCUGCAUGUUGCAUGCUGUAAGAACUUGUACCCCAUCGCGUAUUUGCUGGUUCUUUAUGGCGCCGACGUGAAUGCGAUUGCUGCGGAUGAUUCCAUGCCACUUGUAUGCGCGAACAAUAUUGGAUACUCGACCCCUCUCUCGAAAGGUGACCAGACGCAGAAGGAGCUGCUCGUUUCUUUUCUAAUUGAUAACCAAGCACCACAGCAACGGGUCCUUAGCUUCUCGAGUAGCUUUGGCAUUCAUUGCAGCAUCGAUGACUCAACUGACCAAGAACACCAAGCUGGUCUCAUGUUUGACACGUCAGACCCAAGUGGUAGUCUAUAG